UGAGAAAAGGAGACAGUAAGGAGCCAGGGGAACGGAGAGAAUUGUGGGGAAACUCCGCUCCUUGAGCUCCUGCUGCCUAUUUUUCAUUUCUUGGGAAUCCAUGCCAAGAUGCCUUCCUUCCUUGGCCUAAAGUGUCUGGGGAAAUUGUGCAGCUCUGAGAAAAGCAAAGUCACCUCAUCUGAGAGAACCAGUGCCAGGGGCUCGAACAGAAAGAGACUGAUUGUUGAAGACUGGAGGGUAUCUGGGACCUCCUUCCCCACUCACAGGCGUGCCACUGUCACUCAGUUGCUAUAUCUCUGUCCCGAGGACUACUGCCCACAUGGGCACAUAUGUAACAGCGUUGAUCCUUUUGUGGCCCACCCUCAGGACCCUCACCACCCAUCGGAGAAGCCUGUCAUUCACUGCCAUAAAUGUGGGGAGCCUUGCAAGGGUGAAGUGCUUCGGGUCCAGACCAAACAUUUCCACAUCAAGUGUUUCACCUGCAAAGUGUGUGGCUGUGACCUGGCACAAGGGGGCUUCUUCAUAAAGAACGGAGAGUAUCUCUGCACGCUGGACUACCAGCGGAUGUAUGGGACACGCUGCCAUGGCUGUGGGGAGUUCGUGGAAGGAGAAGUCGUGACCGCUCUGGGCAAGACCUACCAUCCCAAUUGCUUUGCUUGUACUAUCUGCAAGCGCCCGUUUCCACCCGGAGACCGAGUCACAUUCAAUGGGAGAGACUGCCUUUGUCAACUCUGUGCACAGCCGAUGUCAUCCAGUCCGAAAGAAACCACCUUCUCUAGCAAUUGUGCUGGCUGCGGAAGAGAUAUCAAGAAUGGGCAGGCACUGCUGGCGCUGGAUAAGCAGUGGCACUUGGGGUGCUUUAAAUGCAAGUGCUGCGGGAAGGUCCUCACCGGGGAGUACAUCAGCAAGGACGGUGCCCCGUACUGUGAAAAGGACUACCAGGGACUCUUUGGGGUGAAAUGUGAGGCGUGUCACCAGUUUAUCACAGGGAAAGUCCUGGAGGCAGGUGACAAACAUUACCACCCCAGCUGUGCACGAUGCAGCAGAUGCAACCAGAUGUUCACAGAAGGAGAGGAAAUGUAUCUUCAAGGUUCCACCGUUUGGCAUCCCGACUGUAAGCAAUCUACGAAGACCGAGGAAAAGCUGCGGCCUACCAGGACAUCCUCGGAAAGUAUUUAUUCUAGACCAGGCUCCAGUAUUCCUGGCUCACCAGGUCAUACUAUCUAUGCAAAAGUAGACAAUGAGAUCCUGGAUUACAAGGACUUAGCGGCCAUUCCCAAGGUCAAGGCAAUUUAUGACAUUGAACGUCCAGAUCUUAUUACCUAUGAGCCUUUCUACACUUCGGGCUAUGAUGACAAACAGGAGCGACAGAGCCUCGGAGAGUCUCCAAGGACUUUGUCUCCUACUCCAUCGGCAGAAGGGUACCAGGACGUUCGGGAUCGGAUGAUCCAUCGGUCCACUAGCCAGGGCUCCAUCAGCUCCCCUGUGUACAGCCGCCACAGUUACACUCCAACCACGUCACGCUCUCCCCAGCAUUUCCACAGACCUGAGCUUUUGUCUCCUGGUGUGCAGAGGUUGUCCUACCUGCGCACCAGCAGCCUCAGCCCCACCCACAGCGACUCCCGCCCCAACCCCCCUUUCCGACACCACUUCAUUCCCCAUAUCAAAGGCAAUGAGCCGUCCAGCGGCCGGAACUCCCCUCUCCCUUACCGGCCAGACAGCCGCCCUCUAACUCCAACUUACGCUCAGGCCCCUAAACAUUUCCAUGUUCCAGAUCAAGGGAUCAACAUUUACCGAAAACCACCCAUCUACAAACAGCAUGAUGCAGCUGCCUUGGCAGCCCAGAGCAAGUCCUCAGAAGAUAUCAUCAAGUUUUCCAAGUUCCCAGCAGCCCAGGCACCAGACCCCAGCGAGACACCAAAGAUUGAGACGGACCACUGGCCUGGUCCCCCCUCAUUUGCCGCCGUAGGACCUGACAUGAGACGCAGAUCUAGUGGCAGAGAGGAAGAUGAUGAGGAACUUCUGAGACGCCGGCAGCUUCAAGAAGAGCAAUUAAUGAAGCUUAACUCAGGCCUGGGACAGUUGAUAUUGAAAGAAGAGAUGGAGAAAGAGAGCCGAGAAAGGUCAUCUCUGUUAGCCAGUCGCUAUGAUUCACCCAUCAACUCAGCUUCACAUAUUCCAUCAUCUAAAACUGCAUCUCUCCCUGGCUAUGGAAGAAAUGGGCUCCAUCGGCCUGUUUCUACCGACUUCGCUCAGUAUAACAGCUACGGGGAUGUCAGCGGGGGAGUUCGAGAUUACCAGACGCUUCCAGAUGGCCACAUGCCUGCAAUGAGAAUGGACCGAGGAGUGUCUAUGCCCAACAUGUUGGAGCCAAAGAUAUUUCCAUAUGAAAUGCUCAUGGUGACCAACAGAGGGCGAAACAAAAUCCUAAGAGAGGUGGACAGAACCAGGCUGGAGCGCCACUUAGCCCCUGAAGUGUUUCGGGAAAUCUUUGGAAUGUCCAUACAGGAGUUUGACAAGUUACCUCUUUGGAGACGCAACGACAUGAAGAAAAAAGCAAAACUCUUCUAAGUUCCAACUCUAAAGGACUGACCUAACCGUGGCAGUACCCCAGAGGAUGUCAUAUUGAGGCCCAAACUCAAUUGGAGAAUUUGCAAACUAUCAUCGCUCAGCAAUACCAAAAAGAGAAAGUCUGGUUAAAACACCCAUGAGUCCAACAUCAGAACAGCCAAGAGUAAUACUUGCCAAGAAGCAUGGGGUAGAAACUUCUGUGUUCCGAAACACAGAGUAGUGCCCACAUGUGACCUUUUCACAUGACCUUAUGUACACAACAGGAGCUGCAUUGUUUUCUUUUGUUUUCCUCUACCUGUUCUCCAACAGUAGUGCUGACUGUACGGAUAAGAGCCAGCAAGUGCCCUUAGGAUGCCACAUGGGAAAAAUCGGUUGUCACAAUUUCAAAGUAUAAAUAUAUUUAUUGUGUAGCGCUGUGGCUAAGAAGGAAGAGUGAGGGGUCUGUCCAUGUGGCAGCAGUGAUUUCAUAGCCACCUUUCUUGACUGGCGUCAUGUUGCUUCACCUGCGCUCUGGCAGGUGAACAGGGCAGGUCAGGGAACAGGGCAGCUCUGUUUGAAUGGGGUGAAUAACAGCAAAAUUAAUUCUUAACAAGCUCCUUGUUCUCUACCGUUUGCCGGGACCUGGUUGGCAAAUGACUUAGCUAUUAGUAUAUUAAAAAACUGUUCAAAAGCAAAAGAGAAGGAACAGGAAUGAAAGGGAACCUUCUCUUAACUCUUUCUGCUUCCCAUAGCAAGCCUGGUUUCUGGUUUCCGCCGAGGACAGGAGCUGUCUUGAGCUCCACUUUUGCAAGGAAAGGAAAAACAAAUUGCCUACAGAUUGGCGCAGUGGCAUGCCAUUAGGUGAUUUUGCCCAGAGGCCAUAUCACUCUUGGCAAAAAAAAAAAAAAAAGUCCCAUGUCCUACUGACUCCAGCCCUUCCACCAUUGUCCUCUGCUGUCUCUCUGGCAUCCUAUGAAUCAGAUCAAGCCCAUGCUGUUGGUUUUUAAGGUUUCUUUCAGUAAUAGGCUAAGGAAAGACAUGUUUUUCUCUUUUAAAUCUCUGCAGCUCCAAAGUAGACUUGCUUAAACAGAUUUAAUUUGGCCUUUUCAGCUUUUUUCUUCCCUAGCUCUGUUGACUUCAUGCGUGUGUGUGUGCAUGUUGGUUUCACUCACUCAGAGUAAUUUUGUGAGUCUGCAUGUGCUUUUUAAUUUCUACUUGAAUGUUUGUCCCACGGUGUUGCAGCUUCUAAAGACAUUUUCACCAAGUGUAUGUGACUCAAGAUCAAGAGUGAGGCUAAACUGCGCCCCCAGCAUCACUUCCUUCAUGGAAAGGUGUUGGUGCUGAUGUAGCUCAUAACAGGAUCGAGGAAGGAUGAGGCGGGAUAUGGAGGUCAGAGCAUCUCGCGAGAGCACCUCAGAC